CCUCAGCCUGUGCCUAGCGGAGUGGGAGAAACCAAAAUGAGCAACGCCGCAUUUUGGUUUUUGAGAGCUUAAAACGGGCCGUGUGCGCAACGCCAGGCUGUAAUAAUUGAUCAGUGCUCUAGCACGACUGUGAACUCACUCUGGAAACAACGACGCCGUCUCUCGGCAGCGCUACUGCGCCAUCUCACUGCCGCACUGUCUAGGCUGCUUUGCCCAGGCGUGCUGUUGAAAGCCUCCGCGGAGCAACAGCGCUGCCGCCGUAGUAGCGGCACCACACGUAGACGCUAAGUCGCACGCGUCGCCGUCGUCGCGAGCUCCCGACGCCUUGCACGCGCCCAUGGCCACGGCCGCGCCCGCGCCGAUCCAGGCGGAGUCGACCGAAGAUAGGCUGACGGAGCGGGUCACGCAGCUCCACGACAGCGACAGCGACGAGGACGCCGAGGCCGUCAUUGACGAGGCAGUUGCCGAGGAAGACGACUCGGACGAUGACUUCUCGGUAGAAGACAGCGACGAGGACGACGAGGCCGAUGAUGCCGCCGACGAGGCCGACGACGAGGACGACGCACCGACGGCCAUCGACACGGGCGGCUACGACGCCGACGACGAGGACGACGUGCCGAAGGCCAUCGCACCGAUGGCCAUCAACGCGGGCUACGACGCCGACGACGAGGACGAUGCGCCGAGGGCCAUCGACGUGGGCAAGCGGAAGAAAAGGUCGCUCCUAGUGCAGGACCCCGUGUCUAUGUUGUACAAUCUAGGCGAAGCUUUGGUUGCUGUGGUCCAAGGGGCUCCUUUCGAUGCGGACACGCACAAAAUACUCAACUACUUAGCAUUUGACCUCGAAAAACGCAACGUCGAUACAACCGUUUCCGACCUCCUGAGCCGCGACUGCAUAGAGCCGGAAAAACCACCGGAUGGUUUGGUGAUCAACUUCAGCCCUCACGUGCUGGACGCAGCCACAUUAGCGUGGCGGGAAGUGCAUUUUGGGGAGCAGCCGACGAGCUUUGAGGGCUGGAGCGCUCUGGAGUGGAUUCUUUAUAGUAGAUCUAAAACGAUACCCUGGUAUCCGCGCGGGAUGCACCGGUUCAAAUGUAGAGGUUCGGGCGGCGGCCGCAGACGUCGAAGGCGCCGAAGCCGGGCUGCCAAGGACUCGGUAUAUAAGACGCGCCAGUUCUGGACGGCCGACGAGGAGCAGGCCGUCAAGCGCGGCGUCCGGCGCUACGGCCGCGAGUGGGCCGUGAUCCGCGACAACUGUCCCACGCUCAAGGAGAGCGGGCGCUCGGACGGCGACAUCCGCGACAAGUGGCGCAACAUGGUGGAGAAGGACCCGACGCUCGUCGAGUCGGUCCGCGCGCCGGUCCCCGCAGCGCCGCCGGCGCCGGCGCCCGCCACACCGGCGGAGGAGGAGGAGGAUGACGAGGUGGCGCCGCCCGUGCCGAAGCGCAGCCGCAUCGCCUCCCAGUACGGGAGCCCUCUUGUCCGAGGCGCGGCGCGGCGCGGCCGGACCUUCCCCGUCCAUUCCUUAGCGGAGUGCCUCGCCUCGGACAAAUUCAGUAUACUAGAAAAGUGGACCUUGGAACAUGCGUCAAAACCGUAUCCGACGUCGCAAGAAAAGCAGAACCUCGCGGAACAGUGCGGCCUCGAGCGCGGUUCCGUGGACCACUGGUUUAGGAAUAUGCGCAAGCGCAAGUUCUUCCACCUCGAGAGAGGGUCAAGACCCCCAGAAGACGCCUUCGAGACGCAGCUCCUCGCGUUCAUGAGGGCCGAGGGUAUGAAGCCGCCGGCCGUCCCCGUCGUCGCCGCGGCGCCGGAGCGCGCGCGGCGCGUGGUCACGCCGGAGCCCGUCGCGCCGCCGGCGCCCGCGGCGGCGCCGUCGUCCGAGCCGGCGUCAGACGAGGAGGUGCCCGAGAUCUGCAUCCCGUACAGUGUCGGGGGGAAAAGGGUACGGAGAUAA